UUAAUGACUCCGAGGGCGGUGAGAGAAAUUACGAAACUAAAGUUCUGUCACUUUUCGAUCGGCGCGACAAACGUUACCUACCAGCAACAUAAAACCAGUCGCCAGGAACGAGCUUCGAUUCUGGGAAAGCACGAUGGGUUUCGCGGAUGCACCAUCUGGUUCACUGGACUCUCUGGAGCAGGGAAAACAACGAUCGCCUUUGCUGUAGAAAAACUUCUCACACAAAUGGGAAUACCAUGUUGUGGUCUGGACGGUGAUAAUGUUCGCCACGGUCUUUGUAAGAACCUCGGCUUUUCAAAAGAAGAUAGAAGUGAAAAUAUACGAAGGGUAGCCGAAGUGUCUAAGCUAUUCGCCGAUCAAGGUUUAGUCUGUUUGUCGUCAUUUAUUUCACCGUUUCUUGUCGAUCGCAAUGAGGCGAGGAGAAUUCAUGAGACGGAUAAUCUCGGCUUUUUCGAAGUCUACUUGAGUACUUCACUAGAGGAAUGUGAGAAGCGCGAUCCGAAAAAGCUCUACUGGAAGGCUCGAGCUGGUGAAAUUUCUGGAUUUACUGGUAUCGACAGCGCUUACGAACCACCAGAGUCUCCUGAAUUGGUAACACUUCUUUGUGUCAUCCUUGCAAUGCGGAAGCUUUCGUAUCCACCCUUACGAGAGCUGUUUGUUGAGAGUGUUGAGGAGAAGCUUGCACUGCUUAAAGCGGCCAAAAAUAUGCCAGCUAUAGAGUUGGGACCAAUUGAUGUGCAGUGGCUUCAGGUGCUUGCUGAAGGUUGGGCAACCCCCUUACCAGGAUUCAUGCGGGAACGCCAAUAUCUACAAACGAUUCAUUUUGGACAACUUCUCGACCUGAAGAAGAAGACCGUGUUUCCUGGAGAACAGGAUGACGGCGCGUCAGAUUCUUGGCGGUUGGAUGAGCCCAUAAACCAGAGUGUUCCGAUAGUGUUGCCCAUCACAGAAGAGCAAAGAAAAAGCGACAAUGUUUCUCCUCAAAUCGCACUCACUCGCAAUGGUUCCGUACUGGCCGUGCUCAGCGACGGCGAAGUGUUUGCACAUCGUCGUCAUGAGCGCGUGGCUAGGCAGUUCGCCUUCACUGACGCGCGACAUCCAGCUGUCGCCCAGGUGCUUUCCAGCGGACCAUGGUGUCUCGGAGGUGAUCUGAAGGUGCUGAAACGAAUCACUUUCGACGAUGAACUGAAUGCUUUUCGAAAGACUCCAAAUGAAUUGAGGAAGAUUUUCCAGCAAAAAGAUGCUGACGCUGUGUUUGUUUUCCAACUACGUAAUCCAAUUCAUAAUGGUCACGUUCUUUUGAUGAGAGACGCACGAGAGAAACUCCUACAGAAGUACCGUAAUCCGAUAUUACUGCUACAUCCACUAGAUAAGUUGUUUGAAGACGAUGUUCCGCUAGCCGUGAGAAUACGCCAACAUGAGGCUGUUAUCACCGAAGGAGUGUUGGAUCCAUCGUGGACAGUUCUCUCCAUAUUUCCAUCUCCUAUGAUGUAUGCAGGACCUACAGAAGUGCAAUGGCAUGCCAGAGCUCGUAUUGCUGCUGGUGUGCAUACCUAUAUUGUCGGAAGAGAUCCAGCUGGUAUCCAACACCCUGAUACUGGAGAUUUUCUUUAUGAACCAACCCAUGGUGCCAAGGUGCUCUCAAUGGCUCCUGGUCUGAAUCAACUACACAUUCUGCCGUUCCGUGUAGCUGCCUAUGAUAAAAAGGCAAACAAAAUGGCAUUCUUCGAUCCUUCCAGGAAGGAGGAUUUCGAUUUCAUCAGUGGCACUCGAAUGCGUCGAUUAGCAAGGUUUGGUCAGACACCUCCGGAUGGAUUUAUGGCACCGUUGGCUUGGAAGAUUUUGUCCGAUUAUUAUAAAUCACUAGGCAGUGAAUAG